UCUAGUCUAUGUAUAUCUGUGGUCGGCACGUCUGGUAGCAUCUCUGGCUGCUGCUGACCUUGUUUUUGGAGUAAAACACGAUGUUAAGCUAACCGUGUUUUUGCUGAGCACCUCCGGGUCUGCCCUCUCUGCCCUGAGGAGGCGGGUCGGUGCCGGUCAUAUGAGCGUCAUCAGCGGCUGCGGGGCCGGAGAGCAGCGGGGACACCGGAGCGCCAUGUCACCACCUGACAGCAGCGCUCUGCUGGGACUAACGGGAGGAGUUUAAUCGCUGGAACCCGGCAGUGACCGACACACCGACAGAUUGCUGACGACAUGAUCAGAGCGCAGAUGUGACGGUCAUAGUUGUUCCUCUAUUGUCGGUGCCUCUAGAUCUCCUGUUCAGUCUCUCAGUAACACUCCCCGCAGCCAUGAUGUCCAAGUCGGCCCUCCUGAAGGUGAUCCUGCUGGGCGACGGCGGCGUCGGCAAGUCAUCACUCAUGAACCGCUACGUCACCAACAAGUUCGACUCGCACCUCUUCCACACCAUCGGCGUGGAGUUCCUCAACAAGGAGCUGGAGGUGGACGGGCAGCGGGUCACCCUGCAGAUCUGGGACACGGCGGGUCAGGAGCGUUUCCGAAGCCUCCGCACGCCGUUUUACCGCGGAUCCGACUGCUGCCUGCUCACAUUCAGCGUGGACGACGGACAGAGCUUCCGCAACCUGGCCAACUGGAAGAAGGAGUUCACCUACUACGCUGACGUCAAGGACCCCAACAAGUUCCCCUUUGUGGUGCUGGGCAACAAACUGGAUGUUCCCGAGCGUCAGGUGUCGGGGGAGGAUGCUCGGCAGUGGUGUCGGGAAAACGGCGGCUACCCAUACUUUGAGACAAGCGCCAAGGAUGCUACGAAUGUGGCGUUGGCGUUUGAAGAGGCGGUGCGUCGCAUUCUGGCGGCGGACGACCGAGAUGAUCACCUGAUCCACACCAACACAGUGGACAUACAGAGGAAGAGUCACCCUGAGCACAGCUGCUGCUGAGAAAUGAUCCAGGAGGAGGUUCAGGUGACGCCUCUGCAGCCGUCGCAUGGCAGUUUGAGGAGCUGCUGUUGGUCCUGCAGCUGCUGCACAGCGCUGCAUGUGAUGUGCUCACUUAGGAUCAGCAUUUACAAACCAAUCUUUGUAGUUUUCAAACCAAAACUGAUGUAUUUUGACACCAUCAGGAGAUCGAAAACUCCACUGGAUUCCCUUUCAGACAGAAAAUUACUGAUUUGUGAAUGGAAUAGUUAAUAAAGUAUAAUUUCUGCUAUGGUUUUGCAGAUUUUAUAGAUUAUUUGUAGUCGGCGACAAACCUCACCCUACAUCGGAGGAGUCCCCACUGCUAGUUAUACCUGAAAUUUUAAAAAUUCAACUCAAUUGUUAAAAUGAGUGCAACUUUAAAGGGUUUUCAGCGAUCUCUGAUGUCUGUAAACUAGGGCUGGACCCGAAUAUCGACUUAUGUUCAACUCGUCAAUUCGUCUGUCGAUCUGAAUAUUCGCGUAUUCCUUCUUCUUCGUCUCCAACCAUCUGUCCGUCAAUCCGUCCAUCCAUGUCCGUCUGUCUAUCCGUCCUUCCCCCCCGCAUCGCCCCCCGUCGGACGUCACAAACCGAACCGAAUAUUCGGAUACUUGGACUCCAGAAAUUGCUAUUUGGGCCAGCCCUGCUGUAAACACAAGAUUUCCUUCACAGUUAGGACGUGAGAUGUUAAAGACCAAAAAGCAGUGUUGACGUCAAUGAUGGAGCUGUGGCGACAAGUUUCAGCCUCAAAAAGAGAAGUUCGGAGGGUAUUUUUUACCCUUUGAAGCAGAUGCGGAACGCUAAGCACUCGGGAGAAACUAUACAACCACGUUUACAGCAAGAAUAUUGUAAUUUGCUCGUGAUUGUCCUGAAACAGCAGGAAACCCAAAAUUGAAUGAACACACUGAAGCUGAAAACACUCUCAGAAUUCCUUUCACCUCUUAGAAAAUGGAAGAACACAAUCCAAAUUUAAAAGCUUUUUGUAAUUUAUAGUAAACACAAAAUAUUCGAAAAUGUUCCAUCUAUAUCUCAAACUCUUGACAAAGACCAUGGAAUAUGUGAAGGUAAUGAAAAUGUAUAAACAGUUGAAAUGUAUUAGUUUUUUAAAAAUGCUUUAUGCUCUGUGUGAAUUCAUGUUGUGACUGCAUGAUAUUGCCAAAUCAGAGAUCUUUCAAAUGUCACUGAUGUGGAAACUGAAGGAUAAGAGAUACUAGUGAUGCCAAAAAGUCAUUUAGUGUCUCUGAGGAAGAAAGGAAGCGACUUAUAGUUGUUUUUUGUGUAACCAGACAGCUGCAGUCACUCAUUUCCUGUAUUUAUGUAUUUAUUCAUCAGUUGUGGUAAUGUUCACAUGACUCUAAUUCACUGAGGCCUUUUUUUUUUUUUUUUUUUUUUUAA